AUGUCAAAGCCAAAUGUGUUGGUCAUAGGCUCGGGAGGCGUGGGGGCCAUCAGUGCCUUGUCCCUUAGCCACAACGGCGGAUCCACCGUGACCUUGGUUGUUCGAUCAGACUACGACUUGAUUAACGAAAAGGGAUUCUCGAUAAACUCAUGUACAUACGGCAAACUCACUAAUUGGAAACCACACAACUUGGCUAGGUCCGUUAGCGAAGCACGCGAGAAAUACGGCCCUUUUGACUAUAUCUUGCUCACCACCAAAAAUGUCCCCGACGGUCCCACGACUUGUGAGGAAAUCGUGGCCCCAGCAGUCACCGAACAAAACGAAGUCAUUAUACUUUUGCAAAAUGGAAUCGAUAUUGAAAAGCCCAUGAUUGCCAAAUUUCCCGGCCAUUUGGUGCUCAGUGGAGUUUCCCACAUUGGCAGCACGUAUUACCACGGCCACGUCGAAAACAAGGGCAUCGAUGCUGUUUUCCUUGGAGAUUUCAACCCCAAGCCCGCCUGUCAACACCGCGCCUCGUCCGCGUCCGCGGCGGCCAAGAUCGAGGAGUUCAUCUCCAUUUACCAUAACCCCGGCUUCAACAGGAUUCAAGUAGAUGCAAAUGUGCAAAAGACGAGAUGGGAGAAGUUGAUGUACAACUCCGUCUUUAACGUGAUGACGGCGUUGGUGGAUUUGGACGUCAACAGCAUGCAAAUCAACGGCGCCAAUGACGAUCUCAUUCGGCCGGCGAUGGCGGAAAUCAUGGCUAUCGCGCGGAGCGUGGGCGUUGAGUGCGAUCAAGGCAUCGUUGAGAAAUUCGUCCAUAUUGGAGAUGGUCUCUUUUACUCGCCGCUGAUGUGCGUUGAUAUGCGGAAGAAACAGUUGAUGGAGUUGGAGGUGAUCUUGGGUAAUCCCAUCCGCAUUGCGCGCGAGCAUAGUGUGCCGACGCCCAUACUUGGCGUGCUAUAUCCGUUGUUGAAGAUGGUGCAGUUUAGAAUCAAGCAGGAGAAGAAGAUGUUUGUUAUUGACCAGAGGGAUUUCCAGGGAAGCUCCGACGAUUACCCGCGUAUCUUUGAGGAGAAAUAUAGACAUUGA